UGUCCCUAAUGUCAGGAGCAAACUAGGUUACCACGUUUGGUAACAGAAGACAUUGGGCAAUUCUCUGUCAUAACCAAAGCAAAGCAGAAUUAUAAACCUCUCUGCAACACAACACCACCACUCUCUCUCUCUGCAAUCAUGGACUUUAUCUCUCUCUUCUUCCCUUUCUUCCUCGUCAAGCUUGUACUCAAAUUAAAGUAUCCAAAUUCCCCAUUCAUCAUACGUUUCCUCCAAGCAACCUUCCACCACUACCACCCCUAAUCAAUUCCCACCUUUUCCCCUUUCUCUAUUUAUCGCUUCCCAAACAAAAUAACAACCCCAACGAUUCCCCUUUCUCCUUCCAAACCCCUAAUUCAAAACGGUGAAGCUUCCGUCGUUUCGUCCCCCCACCACCCACCCAGAACCCCAAACCCACAAAUUAAACGCUCGCCAUUCAAAUUCGCGGCUAAAGUUUCGAUUUUGAAUUCUGGGCAUUCGAUAUUUCUCCAUGCAGCCCUUCGGCGUUCACCUCGCCGGCGACGGAAAGAACCCGCCGCCGCCGAAGCGGACCGUGAAGAAGACGCUAGUUGUAGAAGAGUCCUCCCUGGACAACCCGGAUCUGGGCCCGUUUCUUCUCAAGAUGGCCCGCGAAACGAUUGCGUCGGGGGAAAGCCCGGUAAGGGCCCUGGACUUCGCCAUUCGGGCCUCGAAGUCGUUCGAGCGGUGUGCGGGCCCGGGCCUGGAACUCGCCACGUGUCUCCACGUGGUUGCUGCGAUCCACAGCAGUUUGGGGCGGUUGGACGAGGCCGUUGAGGCCCUGGAGCGCUCCAUUUUGCUUUUGGAAGGCGAAACCGGGUCGGGUCAGGCCAUGGCCCAGUUUUCCGGGUACAUGCAACUUGGAGACACUUGUUCCAUGAUUGGACAGUUGGAUAGGUCCAUUUCGUGUUACGAGUCGGGUCUGAAGAUCCAAAUGGACGUUCUGGGUGAAUCCGACCCGAGAGUUGCUGAAACUUGUAGGUACCUAGCUGAAGCUCAUGUUCAAGCCAUGCAAUUCGAUCAGGCAGAGAAAUUCUGCAAAAAGACCCUAGAAAUUCACAGGGAGCAUUGCUCUCCUGCUUCCCUCACCGAAGCAGCCGACAGGCGUCUAAUGGCCCUUAUAUUCGAGGCCAAGGGAGAUUUUGAACCAGCACUUGAGCAACUUGUCCUAGCUAGCAUGUCAAUGAUCGCCAAUGCACAAGACAAUGAGGUUGCAGCUAUUGAUGUUAGCAUUGGGGACAUCUACUUGUCACUAUGCCGUUUUGAUGAGGCUGUUUUUGCCUAUCAGAAAGCUCUAACAGUGUUCAAAUCCACCAAAGGUGAAAGCCACAGUUCUGUGGCAUUAGUGUACAUUCGCCUCGCAGAUCUUUACUACAGGACAGGGAAAUUAAGAGAGUCAAAAUCCUAUUGUGAAAAUGCCUUGAGAAUAUACAGUAAGCCGGCGGCUGGAACAACCGCCGGUGAGAUUGCGAGCGGCUUGACUGAAAUCUCUUCCAUCUAUGAGGCUCUAAAUGAGCCAGAGGAAGCGCUGAAGCUGUUGCAGAAGGCGGUGAAGUUGUUGGAGGAUAUCCCUGGACAAUAUAGGACAGUUGCAGGAAUAGAAGCUCAAAUGGGAGUGAUGUUCUACAUGGUUGGGAGGUAUAUGGAUGCUUGGAAGUCUUUUGAGAAUGCUAUCACCAAGCUGAGAGCAAGUGGGGAGAGUAAAUCUGCCUUUUUUGGAGUUGUAUUGAACCAGAUGGGGCUGGCAUGCGUGCAACUGUAUAAAAUAGGGGACGCUGCCAAACAUUUUGAAGAAGCAAGAGAGAUAUUGGAGAGAGAGUAUGGAACAUAUCAUUCUGACACUCUUGGGGUGUAUAGCAAUCUUGCAGCAACUUAUGAUGCCAUGGGGAGAGUUGAAGAAGCCAUUGAGAUAUUGGAAUACAUACUAAAGAUGAGAGAAGAAAAACUUGGAACUGCAAAUCCAGAUGUUGAUGAUGAAAAGAAAAGGCUAUUUGAGCUUUUGAAAGAAGCAGGAAGAGUUCGGAAUAGAAAGGGAAAAUCGCUUGAAAACCUUAUAGAUUCCAACUCCUUAAAGAUGAAGAAGGAAGGAAAAAGUAGAUGGUCUGCUUUUGGUUUGAGAACUUGAAAAACUGGUCUUGUUCUUUUCUUUUUUUAAAGCAGAAAAUUACCCUCCUUUAUAGUAUAUUUUAAAAGAAAUGAUAGUUUUACAUAACUUUUGGUUACUUAAUUUAAUUUUGAUUAAAAAAAAAGGAGAAAGAGAAGAAAGGGAACGAGGGCUGAUGAUUAAUAUUUUGGAAUUUUGUGAAAAAAAGUCAUGUAUAAUUGAUAUAUAUGACUCAAUAUGUUUUUUU